AUUCUUUAGGCAAAUCCAACUACAGCUUUGAAUGAAAAAUGUCCCAAUCUUUAAUGAAAACGUUGAUCUUUUCAACCACUCAUAUACUUUAGUUCACCUAAUUCAUCUUCAUAAUCACACAUUUCUCACCUCAAAAAAAAAAAACAUCUAACUCUCUCUAUCUCUGAAGCAGAAGCACCCAUGGAAGCUCCUCCACCUUCAAGCGAUCCAUACAAGUUCCUCAACAUUACACUAAACGCAGAUGGAUCACUCACCAGACACCGUGAGUUCCCCAAACUGCCCCCAACGGAGCAGUCCAAAGACAUCCCACUAAACCAAACCAACAACACCUUCAUCCGAAUCUUCAAGCCCCGGAAUAUUCCGCCGGAGUCCAAACUCCCGAUCCUCGUUUACUACCACGGCGGUGGAUUCCUCUUCUACAGCGCCGCCUCCGCUCCGUUCCAUGAAUCUUGCACCAAAAUGGCUGAUCGUCUUCAAACCGUUAUCCUCUCCGUCGAAUACCGUUUAUCCCCUGAACACCGUCUCCCGGCCGCGUACGAAGACGCCGUCGAAGCAGUCUUAUGGCUCCGUGAUCAAGCUCGUGGCGCAACCAACGGUGGUGAUUGCGACACGUGGUUGAAAGACGGUGUGGAUUUCUCGAAAUGCUUCGUCAUGGGUUCGAGCUCAGGAGGAAACAUCGUCUACAACGUGGCGUUACGUGUAGUGGAUACAGAUCUCUCUCCUGUUAAGAUCCAAGGGCUGAUAAUGAACCAAGCUUUCUUCGGCGGUGUUGAGCCGUCGGAUUCUGAGUCACGGCUUAAAGACGAUAAGAUCUGUCCGUUACCAGCGACUCAUCUGCUGUGGUCACUUUGUUUACCCGACGGUGUGGAUCGUGACCACGUGUACAGCAAUCCGGUUAAGAGCAGUGGGCCUCAGGAAAAGGAUAAGAUGGGACGUUUCCCGGCUACUCUCAUUAACGGUUACGGUGGGGAUCCGUUAGUGGAUCGUCAGAGACAGGUGGCGGAUAUGCUGAAGGCACGUGGAGUGCACGUGCAGACGAGGUUUGAUGAAGAUGGGUUUCAUGCUUGCGAGUUGUUUGAUGCGAACAAAGCCAAGGCCUUAUACGAAACCGUUGAGGCCUUUAUCAAGAGUUGUUGUUCUUCAACUGAUCCAUCCUCCAACAUGUAGUAGUCCGAUCUUUAUGUUUUUACUUAAGUCAAGUGAGUGAAGUUCUAAAUAUUUCAGUUUAUGAUGUGUGGGGAAAUUGAAAAAUGUACUGCAUGUUGCAAUCGAAAUAUGUAUACCCGAGGCGAGAAAUAAUAAUAGUGGACCGUAUCUUAUCAGUUUACUAGUA